AUGAGUUUGAGUGUCCUGCUACUCCUCCAUCAAAUGUUCAGAUGGGUGGGAGAGGAGGGCUUUGGGUGCGACGUGUGUCCCUCUGCAUUCUCACAGUCUGUCAGUCACGAAAACCACGUUUUGAAGCGUACUGAUGAGAAGACAUACAGGUGCGAUCUCUGUCCUGCAGAGUUCAUCCAGGGCACGCACCUGCAGCGCCACAAGAUGAUGCACACUGGCGAGAAUCCAUGCAAGUGUGAUCUCUGUCCUGCAGAGUUCAACCGGAAUGCGCAUCUACGGCUUCACAAGCGGACACACAAUGGGGAGAAGCCAUACAAGUGUGACGUUUGCCCUGCAAAGUUCCGCCGGAGCAGUGACAUGCAGUGCCAUAAGAGGACACGCACCGGUGAGAAGCCAUACAAGUGCGAUGUCUGUCCUGCAAAGUUCAGCCGGAGCGGGCACCUACGGAACCACAAGAGGACACACACUGGCGAGAAGCCAUACAAGUGUGACCUCUGUCCUGCAGAGUUCAUCCAGAGUACGCACCUGCAGCAUCACAAGAAGAAACACAUGGGCGAGAAGCCAUGCAAGUGCGAUGUCUGCCCUGCAGAGUUCAUCCAGAGAAGUAACCUGCAGUGUCAUAAGAGGACACACACUGGUGAAAAGCCAUACAAGUGUGGUGUCUGCCCUGCGGAGUUCAGCCGGAGCGGGCACCUACGGGACCACAAGCGGACACACACUUGA